AUGGCUACAGACGCCACUACGCCUGUUCUGCCGCCACCGGCUGGCCAGACAUCCAACUUCGUCAACCCCGAAUACCGCGGCCAGACCUUUGUGGUGACGAGCUGCGUGUUUCUGGCGGUGGCGGUAUGCUCCCUUAUUCUCCGAGUAUGGACUCGAGUCUUUAUAGUGCGGAGCAUCUGGAUAGAUGACUACUUGAUGAUUGUUGCUCUGGUGCUCUCAUGCGUCCUUAUAGGAGUGACAUUAGACAUGACUAAUUGGGGACUGGGGGAACAUAUGUGGGAUGUACCGAUGGACCAUUUCUCUCCCAACUUCGAACAGCGGAAUCUCGCGGCGGCCGCCAUCUAUUGCGCUGCCACCGGCUUCACCAAGUGCUCCGUCCUUGUCUUCUAUACCCGGAUCUUCCCCAGUCGCAAUUUCCAUCGGUUGGUCUGGGCCCUCGUCACCAUCGCCGCCGGUUACAGUUUUGCUAGCGUUCUCGCGAACGUCUUCAGCUGCAAUCCCAUCGCCAUGUCCUGGGAUUCACGAAUCACGAAGGGGACAUGCAUGAACCGACCGGUCUUCUACUUUGCAAAUGCGGGACUGGGGAUUUUCACCGAUUUCGCAACGGUGAUGGCCGUGGUUGCGCCGGCUGCAGAUGCCGCUGCGACAGAAGAUCGCCGUGGGAACUAUCUUAAUGACGGGUUGUUCGGUCGGCAUCGUGAGCUGUAUCCGUCUCUCCUCCUUGGUCCCGUUGAUGAACAGCGCGGACUUGACAUGUACGAUCUAUCCAACCCUCCGCAGAGACUCGAACUGACAUGCCUUGGUAUAGGGAAUACUACUAAUGCCUUGAUGUGGUGUAACAUCGAAUUAAAUCUGGGGAUCACCGGCGGCUGUGUCACAGCCCUGCGACCAUUUGUCCGACGAUUUCCCAAGAAUCCUAGGCUCCUCCAAGGGGGACCACUCCCCGAUCGAAGUCCAAGAAAUCUGGAUAUCCGCUUGGAUCUCUUCCUCGCAGCGACCAACGAAACUAUUCGGAGCUUGAACCCGAAAUCGAGCACGCAUCUGCAACCCGCCGGGGAGAUGAUAACGGCAGCGAGGACUACAUUCUACCCCCGACCAUGCUCAGGUCAAGGAACCAGCGGGUAUUAUCCGGACCCUUGA